AUGAGUGAGGUCAGCGCACCGGGCCUGACACUAGCUGAUCCUGAUGCCCAUCCUUCAGUGAACGUCUCACCAAAAACGCACUUGAUAGGUGAGGCAGGGGCACGGGGACCGAUCCAGCAUGAUCCAGCUGCCGGUCUUGUUGUGAAUGUGGCAACGGCUUCCGAGCCAGCUGAGUCGACUGAUGAAGUAGUGCAUGGUGCGCACUAUCUGGUGGACUUCUUCAGAUGCUCAGGUACUCAUGCACCCAGCCUUCCCCUCUCGGCUUACUUGUGCUGCGGUGCCAUUGGGCAGGGCAUCAAUAAGAUAAAGAUUCAUCGUUCGUCGCAAGGUUUGACACAGUUCCUUCAGAAUGCCUGUGUUCCAGGUCUCCCAGGCCAGUCAAUCAUGAUCUCGCUUGUAGAAUGUGCGGACCAAGAGGAAGCUACCGCAAUGCGGUGUCUAGACUGGAUUCACCAGCAUCGAUUCAAGAUUCUCUCUGUCUCUGCUAUGGCAAUAUCUGGGUGGCUUGGGAAGAUGGCGUGGGGCUUGCAAGCUGAACUUCACAAGCGAAUCCGGGAAUUUCAGAAAAAGUGGGCCACGCCACUAGACCAUCUGUAUGGAUGGGUCCUGUCUCCGAUCUUCUCCGCUGCCAGCCCGUGGUUGUCGUGCGCGGGCAGCUCUGUGGAGGCUGGCCUCAGCUUUGUGUCUGAAAAGGCUGGUUGGGCUGGACUGUCGUUACAAGGAUGGCAGGCAGUUCUGCUCGCCGGCACGGUCGGUUGCGGUGUGGGUAUUGUUUGCUGCAUGUUUCGUCCUCAGUUUCUCCAUUCAGGGCUGCAUGCCGAAGUCCUUCACUUUCUGGAGUCCUCUCGGCAAUGGAAGGAAGCGAAGAAGCAGUUGGAAGAAAGCUUGCUCAAACAGGAGCUACAGCUGAGCGACAGCGAGAAAAGAUGUGACAGCCUGCGUCUCCAAAUGCAGAGUUUGAAAAGAAACCUCAACGCGGCGCAGGAAGAUGUGGCUUUCCACCAGGGUGAGGCUGACAAAUGGUCCAGCCGUUAUGAGGAAGCAGCGAGGGGGAGGGAUCAGAAGUCCCGUGAAUUGAGAGAUGUCCAGCAGCAAUUGGAAAAGCAAACGGCCAGAGCGGAUGAUGCCCUGACGGGGAUGCAACGUGCCCAAACUCGCAGCCACGACCUGGAAAGCAAGUUGGGCAAUGCGAAGUGUGAGCUCGAGCGCCUGAAUAAGAGGUUGAAACGUGAAAGCAGCCUUUUGAAGGAGGGCCAAGACCGCGAGCAGAAGUCCAGGCAAGCUCGGGAUGAUGCGUUGACGGGACUGAAGCGGGCAGAAAGUACUAUCUCUGACUUGAGGGCAAGGGUUGACCGUCUGGCACGUGAGCAGCAACUAAGCAAGCAAGACUACGAGUAUUGGAGAGCAAGGUGUGAGGAACUUCAGAAGGAGUUGGGCAAGGUCACCGACCAAUCCUCAUGCUUUGAAUCACAAGCGAAAGAUGCUGUAGAGACAUGUGAAGCGCUGCAUAACAAGUUGGAGAAGGCUCAGAACCAGCGCGAUCGCGCCAAUUGUGAGUUGAAGAAGCUGGAAAGGACGCUUGGCCAGCAAACCAAGGAGUUUGAGGCUUCACAGACAAGUCUCCGACAGACCCAAGAUGAUGUUGAGAAGCUUCGUGUCAUUUUGGGCAAUGAAGAACAGAAGCUGGCCAACAGCGAACGUGACGUGAAGGCUUUGGAGGAAAGUGCUUUGGAUAUGGAGAAGUCCUGCCAGAUGUUCAGGGUGCAGGUGGAUGAACUCGAGAGAGAGCUCGAGGCACGUCACAAUGAUUACCAGAAGGAAAGGCAAGAGAAUCGUCAAUCCAAGGAGAGA